CACCUUCUUCAUCCUCUGUGAGGACCCCCAGCCCUUCUCCAUCCUCUGUGAUGACCCCCAGCCCUUCUUCAUCCUCUGUGAGGACCCCCAGCCCUUCUCCAUCCUCUGUCAGGACACCAUCUAUGGCCUCUGUGAGGACCCCCAGCCCUUCUCCAUCUUCUGUGAGGACCCCCAGCCCUUCUCCAUCCUCUGUGAGGACCACCACCCAUUCUCCAUCCUCUGUGAGGACCCCCAGCCCUUCUCCAUCCUCUGUGAGGACCACCACCCAUUCUCCAUCCUCUGUGAGGACCCCCAGCCCUUCUCCAUCCUCUGUGAGGACACCAACUAUGGCUUCUGUGAGGACCCCCAGCCCGUCCCCAUCCUCAUUGCAGACCCACAUUCCUACUCCAUUCUCUGAGGAGCCUGGAGGAGUCCAGCCAGCCCCUGCCGAGGCCUCAGCUUCAUUCUGGCUGCCAGGUGAAUUAGGCAAGACCAUCCCUGCGCAGGACCAGAGGUGGAUUGCCAACACCUUAUUUCACUCUGGCAAGCUGCGGCCAGAUUUGAAGCUAUGGUAUGAGCCUCCCGUCCCGGCCCUCAUUUACCACCAGACACCAACACCUGACCGGUUCUUCACCCAUCGGCUGAUGGUGUGGAUGCCCUACCACCUGUGGAAGGUGAGAGUUUUCUGUCCAGCUUGUGGCAAGAACCUCACAGACUAUGGUGUCCACAAGAGGGCCAGGAAAGUCCUGGACAUUGACAGGUACUACCUGAUGGUAACAGAGACACUCAGGUGCACUGUGUGUUCUCUGAACUAUCUGUCAACAAGCCAGACUGUCCGGGACCAGCUUAACCUGUUGCACCAGAAAAUGUUCUGGCUGAUCCUGACCCGCAAGUGAGUAAAGUAGUCCAAAGAUGGUUAUUGUGAAGACUUAAACCACUAAAAUGACCCCCCCAAUGAACAUGUAAAUAAUCACAGCAACAAUGUGCAUUUCAGGUAUGUCUGUGACAUCCGUGUCAUUAGGCUGCUUCGGGACCGGACGCUGGGCAACAGUCCAGCUCGAUUGGUGCGGCAGUUGAAAGAGAACCAUGGGGAGGAAUGGCUGAAUCGG